UUGAGCAGGAUAUUGUUUUCUUGGCAAUCAACGCGUGCCAUCAAAUACCUGAUCCCUCUUACCACACAAAGGAACUUAUUGCCUGUGUUACUCUUCUCAGCCAAUGGGUACGUAGACCACCCGUACAUGUGGAUCGGCGUGCACAAGAAGGACGGUCAUUGGGUCACCCUGGACGGCACUCAUAUUACCCACCAGAAUCUGAUGUGGCACAUGGGAUACCCUCACGAGACAGGCAUCCACGCCUUCCUGGAGGAUGUCACCGACACUACCGGCAUCAACUCCUAUGGACGUCUGUAUAUGAGCUCCACCAUACUCGGCGAGCACGAGCACAACAGCCGCUGUCUCUGCGAGGCUAAUGUAUGAAAUUAUCUCUCUCUUUCAGCUCUUUCUCUACAUUUUCCUCUUCCUCUUCCUUCUUACGUAAUGACUGUUCCACCACAGAAGCGCUGUUCACAGAAAACUGACUCAUAUUAAUGGCAUGAGUAAUUUAGUUAAAAAAAAAUCCUUCAUAUCAAUCACUGUAUUCAACUUUUGAUGGUUACCAAAUGAAAACAUAAAUAAACUGGAAUACACAUAA